AUGUCGCUCCUUCUAGUAUCCUGUCUCACACUCCUCCCCUACCUUUUGAUUCCAACUGCCGCGCAGACCUGGACAUCCUGCAACCCCCUCAACAGCACCGACUGCCCACCUGACCUAGCCCUUGGCACAUCGAAUGCCUCUUUCACUCUGAAUUCUACCUCGUCCUUCGAAUCUUCCCUCUGGAACACCACUGCCGGCGCCUUAACUUACAAUUCCUCUGGCGCCGCCUUCACUAUCGCCCAAAGAGGCGAUGCGCCCACAAUCCAAAGCAAAUUCUACAUCUUCUUUGGCGAAGUCGAGGUCUGGCUCAAAGCCGCCCCGGGUCAGGGGGUGGUCAGCAGUGUGGUAUUGCAGUCCGAUGAUUUGGAUGAGAUAGAUGAAGAAUUUAUCGGCAACAACGAUACCCACGCCGAGAAUAAUUAUUACGGGAAGGGCAACACGACUGAUGCAUAUGAGAGGGCAAAAUGGUAUCCCCUGCCCAACGGUGGGAGUCCGACCGAAGGGUAUCACAACUACACGACACGAUGGACAAAUGAGAGUUUGGAGUGGUAUAUUGACGGAUCCAUCGUGCGCACGCUGGCAUAUGCCGAUGCGAAUGGAGGAGCGAGCUACCCCCAGACACCCAUGAAUGUCCGCAUAGGCAUCUGGGCUGGCGGGGACAAAGAUAAUAGUAAUUACACCGUGCAAUGGGCUGGCGGGGAGAUCGAUUACUCCAAGGGCCCGUACACAAUGUUUGUGCAGUCGGUCCGCAUAAACGACUACUCUACUGGCUCAGAGUACAAAUACGGCGACACAACCGGCACCUGGCAAUCCAUCCAGACCGUCCCCGGUAACUCUACGGCCCUAAAAAUCCUCACAGCCCCACCUUCCGAGAGCGUUACCCAGCGCUUCAAGGGCCUCUCCCACGGCGCGCAAAUCGGCAUCUUCAGCACCAUCAUUGCUGCUAUUGCAGUCUGUGUGGGGAUGUGGGCGUUCUGUUGCGUCAAGCAAAGGAGGGCUGGGAAAGCGGAGAGGAGGGUAGCAGACGCCAUGUAUGAGAAGGAUACGGCGGAGUUGAUGGCAUACCGCGCAACAAGGAGGAAAGGUGGACAUGUAAGCGAGAGGGAAAUGGAAGAUGAGUUCUGA